AUGCCGUCUCCGUUUGCGCCAGGACAGUUCGUCCUGGAAAGCUCUAGCACGCAUCCAACUCAACCAGUCCCGAAUAGUCAUCCCGCCCACCAGCCUCUGAGAUUUAAGAGCGACGGGACGUUCCAGAUCUCCAUAUUUGAAGAUCUGCACUUUGGCGAGAAUGCCUGGGACUCCUGGGGCCCGCAACAGGACCUCGCCUCCAUCGGCGUCAUCAACUCGCUGCUCGACUCCGAGCCGGCCACCGACCUCGUCGUGCUCAACGGGGACCUGAUCACCGGCGAGAACACGUUCCUUGAGAACGCCACGUCCUACCUGGACAUGAUUGUCUCGCCCAUCGCUGCCCGCGGCAAGACCUGGGCGUCCACGUACGGCAACCACGACCACCAGUACAACAUCUCCGGCGAGACCAUCUUUGCGCGGGAGAAGUCGGCGCGCUGGAGGGGUCACUCGCGCACGAAGAGCAUGGUCCGCGGGGAGCUGGCGGGGACGUCGAAUUACUAUCUUCCCGUGUAUGCCGCUGAUUGUGCUGCGCCCGGCGGGCAUGCUCAGGAGCACGGUCAUGAAGAGGAGGAAGCAGAAGAAGAAGACGGAGGGGAGACCAUCGAAUCACACUGCACGCCAGAGCUCCUGCUCUGGUUCUUCGACAGCAAAGGUGGAUUCCGGUAUCAGCAGAAAGACCCAUCCACAGGUGAGCCGAUCGGCCUGCAGAACUGGGUCGACAUCUCCGUAGUAGACUGGUGGCAGCAGACCUACGCGAAACUCCUCGCGCGGCAUCAUGGCGCGAAACGGAUCCCCUCUAUGGCGUUCGUGCACAUCCCCACGUACGCCUCGCUCGAGUUCCAGCGCGACGUCGGCGUCGACCCACACACGGAGCCGGGGAUCAACGACGACGUGCCCGCCUCGCCGCAGGCCCAGGGGUGGUGCCCGGACGGUUCCGACAAGGGGACAUGCUCGUACGGCGGGCAGGACCUGCCGUUCAUGCAGGCUGUCGCUACGAUGCCGGGGCUGAUGGGCGUGUUCUCGGGCCACGACCACGGCAACACGUGGUGCUACAAGUGGCACGAGGCGGCGCUGCCGCUCCCCGGGAUGAUGGCAGUCACGGGGGAAGGGAGGAUAAACAAGAAGAAUAACGGGGUGAACCUCUGCUUUGGGCAGCACACGGGCUACGGCGGGUACGGGAGCUGGGAGCGCGGGGCGAGGCAGAUCCUCGUGUCGAGGGACCAGCUGGCGCUGCUCGAGAUGGACAGCUGGAUCCGGCUCGAGUCGGGGAAUGUGGUUGGCAGCGUGUCGCUCAAUGCGACAUAUGGAGAGGACGAGUAUCCCGCCACAAAAAGCACGAUGACGCACUGUCCGAAGUGUAAUUAG